AUGAGCAUACGACUACCAGCACCACCAGAUGUCACCGAACCAAACAGCGACAUAGAGACGGGCUCUUCAUCCUCAGAAGAUGACGACAACGAUGAAAAUUGGGACGAAUGGAUAUCAGACUCUAUCACACAGCAGGAGUGUCGGUCCCUGUUCGAAAUAAAAUCACUUCCUUCGGCGGAAGAAGCCCUCAAGUACGACAAGCAAACGUAUGGAUUUGAUUUAAUUGAGACGUGUGGAAAGCUAUCUCUCGAUUUCCAUGGCCGUGUUCGACUUAUCAAUUACAUUCGGAAAAAUAACCUAACGCCAAAUGAUGUUACCGACCUUCAAGGAACGGAACCUUGGUUUUCGACAGACGAAUACUUACUUCCUGCACUGGAGAAUGAUCCACUAAUUCGUGAGGUAGCUUCUGAUGAUUGGUCUGAUUCCGAAGGUGAAGAGCCAACAGCGUCAGAUCCGAACAGCAGGAUCAAGCAGCUGGAGAAAAAAUUGGCGCUAGCACAGCAGGACCUCUCGGAGUAUCGUACUCUCAUUUCUCAAAAACUCGAUAUCUCAAGCCUUAUCGAGGCUGUAAAUGAAUCAAGUGCGAGCAAAGAGGCAACACGACCUCGGGAUGAUGACUCCCACUACUUCCAGAGCUACGAAGCGAAUGAUAUACACGCGGUAAUGAUACAAGAUAAGGUCCGAACGUCGACGUACGCGCACUAUAUCCUCACCAAUCCGUACCUAUUCCGUGAUGCCACUGUGCUUGACGUCGGCUGCGGGACGGGUAUUCUCUCAUUAUUCGCAGCUAGAGGGGGUGCCAAGCGCGUCAUUGCCGUUGACGCUAGCGAUAUUGCAGAAAAGGCAGAGAAGAUCGUCGAAGCAAACGGAUUUAAAGAUAUCAUCACCGUUGUCCGAGGUAAAAUUGAAGACAUCACCCUGCCGGACGGAAUUACUCAAGUGGAUAUCAUCGUUUCGGAGUGGAUGGGAUACGCCCUCCUUUAUGAAUCGAUGCUUGAUUCCGUCCUGGUUGCUCGGGAUCGAUUUUUGCGUCCUGGUGGCGUCAUGGCUCCUAGUCAAUGCAAAAUGAUGUUGAGUUUGUGCGACGGCAGCGAGAUUUACAAGGAUCGCAUUGGUUUUUGGAAUGAUGUGUACGGAUUUGACCUAUCGGCGAUGGCGGGUGACCUAUAUGAGGAGGCUAUAAUUGACGUUGUCGGACCAGACACAGUUCUUAGCGCCCCAUAUGUCAUCAAGGAUCUUCUUCUCGGCGACAUAACAUCUCGUCAGCUUGACUUCCAAACAAAAUUUGCAUUGAAAGCCACAGUUGAACGCCGCACCAAAAUCAACUCGUUUGUCUUGUACUUUGACACGUUUUUCACCGUCACCGGUCACCCCAUCUCGCCAAGUACACAGGUAAAGACAAUUCAAGAGGGAGAGGUAGUCCUGGCAGAAGUCUGGCCUAGUCUAGGGAGGGAAAAAGAGAGGGUCACCAGCUUCAGCACAGGACCACUUAGUGCCCCGACGCACUGGAAGCAGACGCUCUUUAUGCUCAGGGAACCAAUCACUGUUUCGGAAGGAUCCAUUGUUACCGGCAGCUUCCACUGUCGCAAAAGCGAGACAAACUCUCGAGAAUUAGACGUUGAAAUCCACUAUUCUGCGAAAGAAGAUGCUGAAGCUCCCGCUGGCCCCACCAUCGUCAAUAUGUACAAGGUUCGAUAG